ACCAUUUGCCGGGUGGUUGAGACCACGCCAUGGCAUUUGGGUGAGAGCAAAUGCUGAAAUGCCAAAGGUGAGACGGAUGGAUGCAACAGGUUCAACAUGGAGAGCCAUCACUUGCUGAGGACCUCCCUGAGACUCCGGCCUCUCCGGAUUCUCCUCCUGAGUCUCCAGAGUUUGGAAAGGUUCAUGUGAUAGUGACACCGCCCAGCAAUGUCCCUUCACUCCACACGCCAGAGUUUGGGCAGACUUCCAAAGUGGUUGAAGCUCCUGCAGGCUCACCCAAAUUCGGCUUCACUGUCCCUGCAUCGCCCAAUUUCGGAGUGCAGAGCCCGGAGUCCCCCGCUUCACCUGCUUGGCCCACAGAGACCAAGGAAACCAAGGCAGCUAGACCUCGGCCAGCAGCUACGCUCCAAGAACCUGAGGAUGAACGGCAGGGGGCAGGGGAGCCUCAUCCUUCAACACCUGACUUUGGCAGCUUGAACAAUGCUCCUCUCCUGGAUGAUGUUUGCAAACUGAGCAGUGCAGCUAGCAGCCCACAUGGCUCCAGUCAUGAGAACAGCCCGGAAAAUGCUUCUGAUAGAUCCAAGAGGAUCUCAGUUGAUAUGCUGUUGCCUUCACCUGCAUCUCCAAAUGGAGUAAGCAAAGAGUUUGCAAAGACUGGCGAACGAGUGGACAAAGAUUCGACGGGACACGACAGUUCGAAAGGGAGAAAGUUUGACUUUCCAGUAGCUGAAGCACAAAAGGCGAAUUCUGAAAAGGAUGGGAACGACAGCCCAGAGGACGACGACGGUGAAAAAGAAGACUUGUUCCAAGAAUGCAUCUACAUGCAGCGCGAAUUGAAGAGGCGAGAGGAAAUGCUCAACUGGUUCUAUGAAGAGCUGGAGGCAACUUCAGCGGAGCUCAAAGAGCUUCAAGAAAGCCAAAGCUCCAGGUCAGAGCUGAGUGAGAAGCUAGAAGAAGCUGCUGUCAACGAAGAGAACCUCGAGCUGAAGCUAAAAAGGCUUCAAGCCCAGAUGCAGGAGCAAAGCGUCCAAGCACUGGAAGAGAAGCUCCAUGAGGCAAAACAGUUACGACAAGAGGAGGCCGUGACAAAGACACUGCGUUUGGAGAAUGAUGACUUGGCCUCAGAGCUGCGAGAUCUCUAUGACAAGUUAGCUGAAACGCAGCGAACAGCAGAGGAGGUCUCCACGCUCCGGAUUUGGAAACAGGAAGCGGCAGCCCUUGGAGAUGCCUUGGAACGAGCAGAGGCAGAUGCCUUGGGACGCGCUGCAGCUUUGAAAGGGGAGAACUUUGACCUUGACAAGUUGGCGCAAACGCAAGACGAACUCAAGCAGUCCCGCUUGGACUCUGCCCAAAAUGCCGCAAAGAUUCACAAGUUGGAGGACAGUAGUGCAGCAAUGACAAGGGAAAUGUCAGAAGCGCUGCAAGCACUGGCCGAGUCACAAGCACAGGUUGAAGAAAUCACAGCCUCGGAGUGGAAGGCAGCUCAAGCUUUCGACCAGCUGGCUGAGAUGUCUCGGCAGCUGUCAGAAGCCACUGCCCUGGCUGACUCGGAAAUCGAGCAGAGGGCUGCGGUCGUUGCAGCUUCCAGAGCUCAUUCUGCGAUGGAGACGGCAAAACUUGAAGAACAGAUGGCAGACCUUGCUGCACAGCUUCAGGUGGCCAACGCGGCUUGGAAAGAUGCUGAGUCGCGCCUGUCUUUGACGGAACUUUGUAGCGGAGCAUCUUCAAACCUGGAACGAGAAGAACUUCUCGAAGCGAGAAUCCACGAUCUGGAGGGCAAAGUGGUGGAAACUGCCUCGUCCAAGCAGAGGGUGGAUGGAAAAGUGGCAGCAUCAGAGAUGUUGAUUCAACAUCUUCGGGGUGAAAUUCAUGAGGAGAUCUCAGCCAAGCAUCAGGCCGAAGUGCGCUUGGCACAGGUAGAGAAGUCCUCGAAGUCGCUCGAUUCCAAAUUGGCCUUGGCCACUGCCUGCGAGCAAGAUGCGGAGGUUCACUUGACUCAAGAAGAGGAGAUGAGAUGGGACUUGGAACGACAGCUGGAAAGAGAAUCUCGUUCCAGCAGGUCUAUCCACCAUCGCUUGGAACAGGCUGAAGAAGCCGCUGAAUCCUCGGGUCAAGAGUUGGGCUCGGCCUUGGCAGCGCGCCAAAUGGAUGAGAGCCGACUGAGUUCCGUUGAAGCUGUGGUUCAGCAGCUGGAGGCCUCCCUAGCGCAUGCUGAGACCAGGGCGAGCUCUGAAAGUCAAAGAGCAAUCCUGUUGCAGGCGCAGCUUGGCGACACUACUUUGCGAUUGGAUGCAGAGACCCAACGACGAAAGGAUUUGGAGGCUCACCAGCGACAGCUUCAAGGCACUACCAGAGAUUCGGAAGCAAAGCUAGACUCUGCUAUUGGAGCUCGUGAAAACGUUGAAGCGCAAUUGCAAGUGGCGCAGCUGCGAACUGGACAACUCACAGAGGAGAUCAAGACGUACCACGUUGAGCUGCACUCUACCAAGGCUGAUGUGGCAAAAUAUCAGCAACUGGCAAGCACGAGAGCCAUAGAAAUGGAGACCUCCUCAGAACUGCAGGCGAACCUCAUCAAGCUGCAGAAGUCCUCUGAAAAACUGCAGGAUGAGCUAGCCACUGAAAUGAAGUUGGCAACUAGCCACAAGGCACUUGUUGGGACUUUGGAAAUGGAAGUUGAAACCGAGAAGCAAGGGCGCGCAUCAGCCCAGGAAGCCUUCGGAAAAGUGACAGAUUCAGCCAACUCCCUGGAGUGCCAGCUUGCAUCAGCUUGUGCAACUGCAGAAAGGCUGAAGGCUCUUGCAGAUGAACAAGAGGAAAGCCGCUCCAAGUCAUCGGCUGCGCUUUCUCUUGCCCAAGCAGAGCAGGCUGACAGCGAACGGGAGAUGGAGGAGCUCAGACAAGAGCUGCUGCUUGCACGUCAGCAACGUCGGGCAGCCAUGCAGGCUUCUCAGAGGGCACAGAUGGCUCGCCUGAAGCAGCAGGAGCAGAUGGAAACAGUGGAAGCUCAGGCGGUCACCUUGAGGAAGCAAAGUGAGCUGGAUGAAGCAGCACGUUCGGCUUCACUUGCUUUGCUCGUUGAAGAGCAUGGUACACUGGUCCGAGAGCAGCAUGCAGAGCUGCUGCAAGAGGUCAGAGAAUGUCAUGCCAUGGUUGCAAGGCGUACUGCUGAGCUUUCAGAAUCUCAGGAGGAGUCUUACAGACUGAAGCACCGAAUCGGCCUCCUGGAGGAGGAGGCAAAUGCAGCGCAGAAGCUGGCAGAUUCUGAGGAACGGAGUUGCAGUUUGCUAUUGCAGCAGCUUGAAGAAGUUACUGUCCAGUCCAUUGAAGCUGCCAGAGAGCCGCAGCCAGAGGUUCCCCUUUCUCGAACAGAAGUCGCACAGGCAUUCCAGCUUCGCGAUGAGUUGGCUGCUUUGCAGGUGCGCCAGCUGCAGGAUGAGGCGGCUGCAGUCAGACGCCAGCUGCAAGAAGUGCAAGGGGCUGCGCAUGUCCUCGCUGGGAGUCUAUCUGGAGGCGACUCCACGUUCGACUAUGACACUCCAAUGCGCAGGAUAACACAACGAGGCCAAGUAUCUGCCUUGCCUUUGUCAGCCAGUGUGGGAAGUCCGAGUCCAAUGAGUUCCUUGCGAGCCCAAGUAGGGUCGCAAUGGCCACUACCUUGGGGUCCACCACCUGCAAAGGCUCAGGACUUGCUUUUUAGCCAAAGUUCAAGUCCAGCUUCUUCCUCUCGUCCUCUGGAUAUUUCAGGACGAGUGAGCCAUAAAGGCUGAGUUGUCAUGGACAUUGCGCCCCAACAGCCCAAAGAGGCUUGGCGCCAUUUGUCCCGUACGUACAUUACAGUUAAUGUUCUGGCCUCACACAGGUUGUUUGGCCGUGCUAAUGAGAAGGGUGAACAGCUUCGCCCUGCUGAAGUUGUUGCCGACCUGCUACUGGCAGGAUAGUCAUGGCCGAAAGCAAAGUGAUGCCAAAA